CACAAACCAAAUUAUUUGCAGAGCAAUACAGUUUUAACACUUGUUUUAGCUUCUGAGGAGGAGUUGUUCAGGUUUCCGAGAUGGGUUUUCUUCGAAUCUCAUUGAGCAGAAGCGCGAGGCUCGUUCUGUCCAUUUUGAAGCUGUUUCUCUUGCUCUCGCUGCUCCUCCUUGUCCCGAGCUACUCCGGUGCAGCUGCCGGAGCCGUGGACGAGAGGGACGCAUUCGGAGUGGGCGUGAUUCUUGAUUUGGACUCGCGCCUCGGCGACCAGAUGCGCAUGGCGAUCGAGAUAGCUUGCCGAGACGCGAACACCAUGUCAUCUUCGGGGAGUCAUUACAUAAAGCCGCAUUACAUGAACUCCCACGGGAAGCCCCUUCGAGCAAUUUCGGCGGCUGAAAUGCUGAUCAAAAGGAAGAAUGUGAAAGUUAUCAUCGGCUUGGAGACAUGGGAGGAAGCAACUUUAGUAGCUGAAAUCGCUAAUCAAUCUCAGGUACCUGUCUUCUCCUUCGCGAGAGAACGCAUAACACCGACAUUGAUGGCGGAAACUCUAUGGCCUUCGCUGUUUCGAAUGAGUACCGACGAAUCCGACCAAAUUAAAUGUAUUGUGGAUAUAGUUAGUUCUUAUAACGGGCAAAGAGUGUCAAUAAUAUAUGAGGCGGAGGCAUACGACACCACAUAUUCUAAGCUGUUAAAUUCUUUGUCGGACGAGCUUGGAAAAAUCGGCUCGACAGUAGAAGACCAGCUGAUUCUUCAAGCAUUCUCAUCUCCGACCGGAGCAGAAGUGUCUUUGGAAGAGAAAUUAAUGAAGCUGAAGGGAAAGGCAUCUCCCAUCUUUAUCGUUCUAGGAUUGUCGUCGCAGGGAAGCACUCAUUUUCUCAAAGAAGCAAAGGAGAUGGGACUCUUCUAUGGAGAUUCUCUUUGGAUAUUCGCUGAAAAACCAUUCGCCAAUCUCUUAACUUCAGUAGAACAUUCAGGAAUCUCCUCAACUGUCGAAGGCUCGAUAGGGGUAAUCACCUAUCGUCCCAAAAACCAGGCAUAUGGAGAAUUCAUAUCCGAAUUCUUGAACAUUUUCCAUCACAAGUAUGGAGAGAACUUCAAUUUCGAGCCAGAAAUCGAUGUUGUUCGAGCAUACGAUUGCAUUACGACCAUUAAAAAUGCGGUAGAUGCAGUGCCGAGGCAUGAUACUAUGCCAGAGUCUUUGCUUGAUAGAAUUUCGCGCACUAGACUCGUGGGUUUGAGUGGGGCAAUACGAUUUGAGAAAGGUCAGUUGGCACUUCGACCCAAACUCCAACUUGUAAGUGUUGAUGGAAAUAAAUAUAGAGAGCUUAAGCUUUGGUCUCCCAAUUCCGGUGUCUCAAGGAGCUUUGUAGCAAAACAACACUCGCGGAGAAACGCAAUUUCAGACACGUUGAUGACCCAAGAAGGACAGACUUCUAGUGAGAAUAGGCCGUUGGUGAUCGGAGUUCCUGCUGAAACUCCGUUUGAUAAGUUUGUGAAGGUGGAAGUGGACAGCUCAACCGGGGAAAAAAGGCCCGUCGGCUUCUGCAUAGAUGUUUUCGACAAGGCUGUUUCUCUUCAUUUUCCUGAUGGUUUGAAGCAUAGUUUUAAGUUUCACUGGGGAACAUAUGACGACUUGGUUAACAAAGUUCGUGAUCAGACCUACGACGCUGCAGUCGGUGACAUAACUAUUCUGGCCAAUCGCUCACUGUAUGUCGAGUUUACACAACCAUUUAUGGGAUCAGACCUUACAGUGAUAGUCCCAGCAAAGCCGGUCAUUGACAGGGCGUCGAUCUUCAUAAUGCCUUUCACUCCAAGAAUGUGGGCUGCAUCUGGAGGCAUCCUUAUAUACACAAUGUUGGUAGUUUGGUUCUUGGAGCAUCCGACAAAUCCGGAAUUCAGAGGCCCUCGGACAAAGCAGCUCUCGACCGCUCUUUGGUUCACUUUCUCCUCUCUCUUCUUUGCUCAUAAGGAGAAAGUCCAUCGCAACUUCACCCGAAUAGUGGUGGUGAUUUGGUUCUUCGUGGCAUUAAUCUUGACGCAGAGUUACACGGCCAGCCUCACGUCGAUGCUCACUCUCCAGAAGGUCAAACCGACUGUGACCACCAUCGAUCAGCUGAGAAUUUCUAAAGCUAAAGUGGGUUGUAACCCCGAUUCUUUCAUUUGCAACUACUUGAAUAGCCAAUUAAACUUCUCCAAGGAAAACAUCGUCCACAUAAGGAACACUUCGAGCUAUGGAGAUCAAUUCAGAAGUGGCAACAUCUCCGGUCUUUUUCUGGAGUACCCGUAUGCAAGAGCUUUCUUCACUCAGUAUUGCGACGGAUAUUUGACCAUUGGCGAUGGCUACAGGUUUGGCGGUUUCGGCUUUGUGUUCCCGAAAGGCUCUCAACUAGCUGCAAAUUUCUCUGAGGCCAUUCUGGAGCUUUCGGAAAGCGGCGAGAUGAAAAGAUUAGAGAACAAGUGGUUCCCGCCCGAGUGCAUGAUGAGGAACUUCACGGACGAGACGCCGAGGUUGGGCCUCAACAGCUUCUGGGCGCUCUACGCUUUCACCAUCGGCACUUCCACUGCUUGUUUGCUCCUUGCGUGUCUCUGCACGAGGAGGAAUCGUCAGGAUCACGAACACGGAAGCACCGGCGACGACAUGAGCGCGACAGAGAUGAGUAUUUUGUAGUGUAAAUCCAUGUACAGGGGGCCUAGUUUUAGGCUCGAGGGUGAAGGGGGGAGCACCAUUGUUGAAUCUUGAUCAGUUCAAAAGCCGAAG